CGACGAGUGGCCCUUCCUGGCGAAAUUGAAAUGCGUAUCGUGAAGUGGACCUGGCGCCUUCUGCUCCCACUGCUUCCAACGCCGGUUUCAACUCGUCGCACAUUCAGCCACCCCUCAACGGCGAACCUACGCGUCGCAUAUACCCUCCGAUGGCGACGAGUCCGGAACAAGAUUUGACGGAAGCCCUUAGCGGCCUGGUCCCGGUGGCGGUCGCUUCAGAACAGGGUCUCCGCGGGGACGCAUUCAGCAUGCUUUACGAUCAAAAUUACGGUGCACCGGCGUACGACAUGCGAUAUUAUAACGGCAGCAGUGAGCCCCCUAUCCCGGCCGAAAGAAUGCUCUCUAGAUCCGCAGAGCACUGGUCGUUCGCCCCUCCACCACCAAUACCCACUUUCGGCAACCCACUGCAGUACGAUACCCGCUAUAUACCUUCACACCCCGUACCAGGUGAACUGCCGAUGCCUGAUGCAGUCCCAAGCCAUUUCCCUUUACAACCGCAUUGGACUCGCCCGGAUUACAGCAUUCCCACACCUUCUAUGAUAUCCACGAUACCUUUUCAAGCGGUUCCACCACCAGCCGAUAUACCAAACAUGUCUCGGAGUCGGCCGCCAAAAGACCCACGCCGAAUGAGAUCACCGAUUGAUGAUAUACCACUGGGAUUCCACUGCAACCAGGCGGGAUGCGGACGCAGCUUCAAGACGAAACAUUCUCUCAAAGCACAUAUGAUAUGCCAUAGCCCUUCGAGAGAGUUCCGAUGCACAGCUUGCCCAAUGGAGUUUCGCCGCAAAUACGAUUGCCAGAGACACAUGCGGCAGCAGCAUUCGAUCGAUUGUUAGAUACGUAAUUUAUAUACCCUUACAUUUGUAUUUCAUAUAAAUGUGCAACAUACGCCUAAGCUGUGG